AUGUUUCCCACUUUAUGGAUUGGUUUGUUGGUGGUAGUACUGAGCAGCUAUGGUUUCUCUGUCAUUUAUGGGCGGAAAAGACGACUUCCACCUCUCCCUCCAGGUCCCUGGCGAAAGCCAAUCAUCGGUAAUUUGACGGAUCUGCCCAGGCCAGACGAGCAAGACUGGCAGCAUUGGCUGAAACAUAAGAAAUAUUUUGGACCCAUUAGCUCCCUCACUGUGCUGGGGAAGAAUAUUAUCAUUCUCAACGAUGCUCAACUGGCUGUCCAACUCUUGGAAAAGCGAUCAGUCAUUCACUCACUACGUCCUCAACAAACAUUUACGGACAUGUCCGGCUGGAACGAGGUUCUCGGAGCCCUCCGAAAUCCAGAGGAUGUUCGAAAAACACGCAAGAAUCUCUACCAAGAAAUCGGAUCUAACAAGUCUGUUCUAUCUUUCAAUGAAGUUCAGCAAGUCGAGGUCGCUCGUUUCUUGUUGAGAGUUCUAGACGCUCCAGAAAAGCUUCAACAGCAUAUUCGAAAAGAGGCUGGCGCAAUCAUUUUGAAAAUUGGCUACGGCUACACUAUUGAGCCCCACGGCAAUGACCCCCUCGUGGAUCUGGCUGAUAAAGCGAUGGAGGACUUUUCAUACGCACUACUCCCGGCAACAUGGGCGGUGGAUUUCUUUCCAAUGCUGAGGCACUUGCCGCCUUGGUUCCUUGGGACAGGUUUUAUCAAGACAGCACAGGCUUACAACAGACGGGUAAAAGCGUUCAGUGGUGUUCCAUUUGCAUUCGUUAGACAACAGAUGCAAAGAGGAUGCUUCACACCAUCAUUCCUGUCUAAUCUUCUUGCAAGCAAUCCCGUGGAACCGGGAUCAGAAGAUGAAAAUAUCGUCAAAUGGUCUGCUGGGUCUUUAUAUGCCGGAGGAGCGGAUACAUUGGAACUAGACACGGUAGUCGGAAAAACCAAACUACCAGGAUUCGAUGAUCGUGAAAAUCUUCCCUACAUCAACGCCUUAGUAAAAGAGGUACUACGAUGGCACCCAGUUGUCCCAAUGAACGUUGCACACGCCUCAAGUCAGGAUGAUAUCUGUGAGGGAUACCUGAUUCCCAAGGGAUCAUCUAUCCUUGCCAAUAUAUGGGCAUUUACACACGAUGAAAAGGUCUACCGCGAUCCCAUGGCCUUCAAGCCGGAACGCUUUCUCGUCACUUCUGAGAAUCCGCAUCCGGAACGAGAUCCUCAUCUGCUCGUGUUCGGGUUUGGUCGUCGAGCCUGUCCCGGCCGUACAUUGGCGGAUGCAAAUGUGUUCCUUUCCGUUGUACAGGCUCUGGCUGUCUUCAAUAUUGAAAAGCCAGUACGCGAUGGCAAGGUACAAGACGUUCCUCUCAGAUUCUUACCAGGGGUUAUCAGCCAUCCUGCUCCAUUUGAGUUAGCGAUUCAUCCUCGGAGUGAGAAGCAUCGGGAGCUUAUACAGUCCCUAGGGAAGCUAUAUCCUUGGGGGCAGAGUGACGCUGAGGCUCUUGGGGGUGUGGAAUUUUAG